AAGUUUGAUACACUUGCAUUUGUAAAAAAAUAAUCACAGUCAAGAUCAGAUUCAAAAUAUUCUUGAUUUAUUGCUUCUCCUGCAAGAUGAAAAGGUUUGGAAUUGGAAUCAUGAUUGGGAAUAGUAUGGCGUAGGCACUUUUCUGGUACAAUAACAUAAAUUAAUAAAAUAAAAAUGUUUUUUGGCAAUGCCAUUUUUUGUGUUGAUGUCUCUUUAAGGUCAUAUCAGUUUGAAAAAGCAUAAAAAACGACUUCACAAUCAAAUGGGAAUACAAUUACAGCAAAAUCUUCGCUUUAAACUGCAUUUUAAAAAUAGUAUAAUAUAAUUGCUUUUAAUAUAAUUGCUAUAUAGUAAAAUAGUCUAAUUGUUUUUAAUAUAAGUCAGUCAGGUGUAGUGAAAACAUUUUUGCCCUUGAUUUGGUGACAUUUUCUCUUUGUUCUUUUUGACUUUUCUAAUUUGCUCUGUCAAACUCAACUCAAGGAAUUUUAUUGGCUAUAAAACUGUCUAGAAUUUUAGGAAAUUCUUUUAUUUUUCAAUCCUGCCAUUUGCCUGCUAUUGGAUUCAAUUCAAGUGAAUUUCUUUAGAGACUGCAUUGCUAAGAAAGCUAUUGCUGCUCCUUGAUAAUCCUCUUAAGAUCUAUGAUGAAAUUUUCACACCUUUCUAAUAUGUGUCAAACUACAUUGUCUGCAACUCAAAAAAAUUUUUUAAAGAUCCUGCAACUACAAAGUGAAAGUGAUAAUAUUUGCAAGGCAUAUAUUUUAUUAAUUUCACCUCUUUGAAUUUUGUAAAUAAAGAUUUCACAAGCAUUUAAAAUAGUUCCAAAGACACAUGAAUUACAUCAAAAUCAUCAUUGUGAAGAAAACAAGCUAAAAUUCCCAAUGAGAGGAAUGUUGGUUAUUUUGCAAUUUAUUACUGCUCGGUUAGACCACUGCUCUUUAUGGCAACUGAUACUGAUAACUCUUGUUUAAUUGGAAACUUAUUGGGAGAUGCCUGUCAUUCGUUAACCUACAAUAGAACAACUGGUCUUAAAACCAUUGAUAUUUCUGCCGACAAAUGUCAGAGACUGAUAUUUUGAAGGUCUGAAUUGUGCAUAUUGAAAUGUUGACUACAAGAUUCCAAAUGAAUUUUACUCCUUGCUCUGACCCAUUCAUAAAACAAAGAAAAGCUGUGAAAGGUGUGUAGAAAUAUUUCAAAUUCAUAUUCUGUUAAAUAGUUUUCAUAAAAGAUACUGCUGUAAAAAAAUUCUUUUAAUUAAAAUACUGUUAAAAUGUCAAAAAAAAAAUUUUUAAGAGUCACAAAUGUGGUGUGGUUUUUAUGAAGAUUUUCGUUUGAUUGACUGGAUCAGGCUAAUAAUUUUUCUUAAUUAUAAAUUGAAACUAGUUUUCAAAACUAAAGCUUGUAUAUUUAUUUCAGAAUGCAUUUUUUUAUCCUUAAGUGAAAUGAGAGAGAUUAAGUUUGCACUGGCACAGUACAUGGGCAGAAUUAGUUUUGUGAAACUGAAAGCAGAAGAAAAGCGGCAUUCAUCAUCAAUGGCAGAUGACAAUGAGUCAAUUGAAAAGUGAGAAAAGACACAUCUUUUGAAAACGAGAGGAAGUUUUUGCAUGAAACGCUGACUACUAUUGAUGUUUCAAAUUAUUUGCCAUUGUAUCACUUAUGUGGCCAAGGUGCAAUGACAUAUGUUGGGUGCCAACAUCAAACAUUUUGAAUAAGUAACAACGACCAAAACCAUCAACGAUGACUGGAAGGCAAUACACGUUUUAAACAAAAUUAUGAUUAAAAAAGAUUAUAGUAGACACUAUUGAAAGGAUUAUAGUCGUUUUUUUCAUAAUUAUGAUUUUUUAGGAUUUUUUUAAGAAGAGAUAUUAAAAGACAUUAAAAGAACUCCACCCACCACAGGCCCUCUUAGAAACUCUCCCUCUGCCCCACCCCAAACCUUCGUCAACAACCUUGCCAGACAUCUGUGCUCGAAAAAAUUCCAUGAAAACAAGCAUGAAUAUUUCUCCCGGAGUGCAGAGUCUGGCCAUUUCCCUACCUUCACCCAACCCUCGUUCACAUCAGACUUUACCAGGCCCCUGUCACACCCAAACGCAACCCGGCUGAACGAGGCCAUUGCGAACCUCCGCAGAGACAUCUGCCACAUAACGGCAUCCCACCACCUGGACCUGGCCAGAGAGGCCAAAGCCACACAAGUCCGGUCAGCGAUGGAAGAGCAUUAUAAUCCGGACAUAAUCAGAAUAGCAAACUGCAAUGCCAAGAGACAGGCAGCGUCCGCCCCUGGGAACAAGGAGAGACACACACAGCACCCGCGAAGAGGGCCCGGGAGGCAACACCAGCAUUCCACCUUUUGACAUUGUUCCCUCUUUCCUCUUCCCCCCCCCCUUUUCUUGCUGUAUUUUUGCUGCUUAACUUUAAUAUAAUAAAACAUUUUUUUGCUGCUUAAUUAUGGUAUAACAAACAUGCUCAGCUGUAUAUUUUUAUUUUAAUUCCUUUUCAUCAGCCAUAUCAACCUCGGUCUACCUAUAAACGAUGUUGCUUUAUUCGUACUCAUUAUUUUGCUAUCUAGAUUGCAAUAUGUACACGGCCAAUCCUAGCACAGCAUCCAAACGCACCAUACUCAGGAAAACCAUUGGCACCAAGCGAAGAAAACAUACCAAUAAACUAACUAAAAAUGCACAUAAAAAGCUGCUCAAAAAGGCCAGCCUGGACACUAAACCAAUCAAUAACAUUGUCAAUCUAUCCUCAGCUCACAUUUCAACACCUGAGAUAUCUCUGCUGAACAGGGGACUAUCGUUUGUCCCUGCCCCCGGUUCGGUUGACAAUGAUCUCAUCUUACAAGGACUCGAUGACUUCAUACGUCGAACGCGACUGCAAUAUUUUUUCCACUCCCAUCCCCCCAGGAUGGUACCUGAACUCUUUAGAAGGAAAUCAUUUUGGGUCCCCCCUGAUGAUGUCUGCCCUCAAUUACAACAAUAUUUUGGUAAAAUCUCUGUCAACAUCAACAAGAUCAUAAGGUCAGCUGCUAACCCUACACCCCAUAACCUCACCCCAAUCGAAACUAAGAGCAUUAAAACCUUAUGCACCUGCAAGGACAUAACCAUCAAACCCGCGGACAAAGGGGCAGCCAUUGUCUUAUGGUCUAUAGAAGCUUACCUUAAGGAAGCUAACAAUCAGCUGUCCAACCCCCUCCACUACAUUAAACAAGAAUCUGAUGGAAUACAGCUGCUAUCCACCCAGAUCACAACAUCACAACGUUCUCAACACACCUACUAGGUCGGAAUCUUCUCACACAACAAUGUUAUGACACCCCACCCCCGCACCCCAGAAUUCUACCUUUUACCAAAAUAAACAAACGAAAGAUUAACGACCUCAUACCAGGCAGACCAAUAAUCUCGGGGUGUGGCUCACCCACUGAGAAACUCUCCAAAUUUCUGGACCAUUUUUUAAAACCAAUUGUUAAAACUAUACCCUUAUGCAUCAAGGACACCAAUCAUUUUCUCCAAAUUAUAUUUAGAGAGAGACAUAAUUUUCCACCAGGUAUCAUCCUGUGUACCCUGGAUGUUAAAUCCCUCUAUACUAAUAUACCACAGGAUGAGGGUAUUCUACACUGCAUGAUGGCGUUAAUUGAUUUUUAUGCCACUGGACUACCUCUACCAGCCACACACCUACAACAAAUGUUUGAGUUUAUAUUAAAAGGAAAUUAUAUCUCCUUUAAUGGACAGCCAUAUCUACAGACACAUGGCACUGCCAUGGGUACCCCUUUUGCCCCAAACUUUGCAAACAUUUUUAUGUCUGUUAUUGAACAAAAUAUCCUCUCCACAGCCCCCAAGGGGAAGAAACCUCUACUCUGGAAACGAUUUAUCGAUGAUAUAUUCAUGAUAUGGCAAUAUGAUGAAGCUUCCCUCACUGAAUUCCUUGCUCAUACCAACAAUGUGCACAACACGAUCAAAUUUGAAGCACAACAAUCUAGAGCAAAAAUAAAUUUCCUUGACACCACAAUUUAUCUUAGUAAUAACAGUGGUCUCCUGGAAAGCACCCUAUUCGUGAAGCCCACUGAUAUAUGCACCCUUUUACAUGCUAAAUCUUUCCACCCACCUUCGUGUAAAAAAAGUGUUAUUUACAGCCAAGCACUCAGCUUCAGACGUUUGAUCACAGACAACAAUGAACUCCACAACACCUCAAAACACUUCAAAAAAAACCUAAUCAUAAGAGGUUAUGAAUCUCAGGAUAUCAUCACCGAAUUUAGUAAAUUGACAUAUGUCACCCAAUACGAGCUCCUCUUCCCAGGAAACCCCACCAACAAUGAAACCACCCUUCAGCACCUCAACUUCGAGCCCCCUCCACAAAAACCACAAGUCCUACCUUUUGUUGUCCCAUUCGACAUAAAAACUAUAAAUAUAGGUUCCGUCCUUACUAAACAUUGGCACUUGAUCUCAGCUGAUGCUUAUCUUAAACAAAUAUGGAAUGACACCAGACCGGUUCUAGCCCUCACCAGAAGGCCUAACCUCAAGGAUCGAUUGGUACACUAUAAAGUAGGCCAUCAACACAAAGCCGCUUCUCAAAGCAUCAUGCGCCCUUAACUUUCACAAUAUGUAAAUAUUACACAAGAGGCACAGUUACACCUAAGGUAUGGCAUCCACUGAUUAUUAAAUUUUCAAACUAGUGUUCUAACAUCAUUAUGACAACUUGAUAAAUAGUUGUAGUGUGAAAGUGAAACUAUAUAAAUGAAAGAGCUGGUUUGAAAGUCGCACAGAUCGGUUUCCAGUUUUAACACAUAUUUUGCAUGAUUAAAACAACUUAAUGAGUCAUUUAGAAAUAUUUACAAUUGACUGAAAAUUUGUCUGUAUCCUUUCGCAAAAACAUUCCAAUCUUGUUAAGCUUAUCCUUGCACGUAGAUUUUGCAGAGUUUCUGUAAGAGAUUUUCAUUCUAAAUGUAUAUUUGGGUGAGUGUACAUUUAUAUUCCUUGAAAAAGAUUACAUUUUGUAGCCUGUUGCCUGACACCUAUCUUGUCUUUAUGGAUGACAUUCUUGCUAUAAUGUUUUUCGUAUGGGAGCAGCCUCAUGGUUAGAUAUUUUUCUGUUAUCUUUUUUUUUAUUUGGGAUGAAUGGGGGUCUUCUGGAUUCAAUCCAUAUCCCAUAUCGUGCUCCUUCAGCGAAGGGAACAUAUCUUUCCCAGCCAGAUGUUGAUUGAGGAUAUUUAUUGACAUUUCUUUUAUAUUUUUUCUUGAGGUAAUUUUUUCCUUUUUUAAAUCUGUGCCACUUACUGCCACUCUAAAUUCUGCAACACAAUCAUGGACACCCUUGGAUGGAAGUAUGAGGCCACCCCGAUUCUUGACAUUUAUCAUUGAAAGGAAGAACAGCCCAGAGAAAUGUGAAUAGCUGUGAUCAUUUUCAUUCAUAUCAAUUAGAGAGCUCUUUCAUAUUCAGGGCAGCUAAUUUUGUUCACAAUGUUUUUCACUGUAAACCCAGCGAUGUAUCCAAGAAUGAAAUCUUAAUAGUCAGACAUGUGACAAAAAUCUAGCUUUUGACAGAGAUCAUUUACAUGGUGCUAAUCGUCAUCUGUUAGCUCUGCUCUUUCAUUUAGGGGUGAAGUUCUCUUAUUCUACUUCAAUGAGAAGAUAGAGCCAGCUGAACCCCUUUCAAACGCAAGGCAGUUGGCAUUAUUUGAAGCAAUGAUGGAAUUUCUCAGUAAAAUUCUUAUAAGGCUUGACUUAAAUUGUACAAUAUCUGGGUUGCUUUUAAAUCCAUUUUUUCCACGAAUGCAUGCAAACAGAAGCUCAAGAUGUAUGUUCAAAUGUACUUGAAUGGAUUUUCAGAUCAUGUGAGAAGAAGUUCAGAAAAUUGGCAAAUGCUUUUUGCAGUUACCAUCAUUCCUAGGACAAAUACCUUUCUCCUGUGCAUUAAAAGACGUUCACCGGUUGAAACUUAAAGUUGCAGAAGAUAAUUUAUUGAAUUUUCAAUAACUGUUUGACACAUUUUCAUGCCAUGGAGAAAAAGCGGUCUUUUGUAGCGUUCAUAAGAUCAUGUAGACUUCUGGCGUUCAGAAGAUCAAAAAGCCUGUCCAGUGUUCUUAUGAAAUAUAUUGUACCAUCUGCAUUUGCAAAAUCAGAAUGGCCAGCAAACAUUAUGUAUUCUAAAGCAUCUGCAACCGAGGAACUUAAUGUCUGGGCAGCAACCAUAACAUUCAUCUUAUGCCUUUGAAAUUCUAUGUGAUUUUUUGCAAGUUUAUUUUGUGCAAUGAUUUGAAGCAUUCUUCUUCUUGUAUUUUGUGUAAUGAUUUAAUAUAGUCCCACUUAAUCUGCCUUCCCUCAUAUUGAACAAAAACUUUAACAUCUGCCAGGGCAUUGCGUGCAAGCUUCAGCAUAUGACACGCAUCAGCAACAAAAAACAACUUAUGGUCAAAGAAAUCACAAGAAAAGGAUCCAUCCAUAUCAUCCAACUUUGUUCCAAAUGAGCAGCCUAAAUUUCUCAUUGCAUCAAAGUUUGUGGCAAUGCCAUCACAUGUGACUGUGUGAAUGUUAAGGCAAUACAAAGACGAUAACUCCAAUGCUUUAUUAACAAGACAACUUAAAUUUGUUGCAUUGAUUCCAUUGUAUAAAACAUAUCCAAUUGGACAUUUUCAAUGGCCUUUCAAACCAACUAGCAUGAAUAUAAGAGCAUCUUUGGCAACAUCAUCUGUAUCAAAAGCAAGGAUAUCUGGACCAAAAUCUGCAAAACCUUCAUAAUUUCCAGUACUCUUGUUAUAAAUAACACCAGAUUUGAUAUACAUAGCAUCAAAAUAUCGAGGCACAGUCUCUAUAUGAAUCAUCACCCUUGGCUUUUUCUUGCAAAUAUUCAAAGACAUUUUAGAAGAAUCCUGGCUCACAAUUUACACUUGAUGUCCAAUGAGACAAUGAACUUGGGCAUGGUAAUUAAAACAGGUUACGCAUAUAGUCAUAGGCACGUGGGGAGUAAAAGUGAAGGGUAAGAGCAAACUUUUUCAUUUCAUCAGAAUAGCGAUGCCCUUUAGAGACACAGCUCUGGUUACUUAGCUUUGACUGAAACAAUUCACUUUUCAAUCCAAAAAAAUUUUGCCUUUAAUAUUAUUAUCAGCAUCAGAAGCCAAUAGCUUUUCUUUUUCAAGAUGAUCAAACGCAGCUUUCAAGAAAUUUAUUUCUGACUUUUUGUCUCAAAGUUAUGAUCCUUCUCCACACUUUUUUCUUUCUUUGGGAAACUUUCUUGAGAGAAUCAAUUCUUGUUUUCUUUGGAGGGGUUGUUAGCUCUUCAUUUAUGUCAGCUUUGCGCCUCAAAGAUGACUUUCUUUUAUGCUUCAAUUGAUUUAAGUGUUUUGGAAAAGAAAAUAGAGAUGACACUGCAAUUUCCUCAAGUUUUUGCUUCUUUGCUGUUUGGUCAACAUCAUCUUUUGGAAGAAUGUGUUCCCUGCAAAGAGUGCUGCUUGAGGUGGGCUGGAAGUCAACACGUCUCAUUGCAGAAACCCAUUUUCUGCAAAGCUCUUUGUCAUUAAGAGGAAAUCGAUGGAAAGAGACACGUGAAUCUUUAGAAGCACACUUUGUACAACUGUAAGCUGAACAAGACUAAACCAUUUUCUGAAAUAAAGUUAGAAGAAACGACCCUUAUAUAAACAUGUUUUUGGAUCUGUGAUAAAAAGUUUGAUACACUUGCAUUUGUAAAAAAAUAAUCACAGUCAAGAUCAGAUUAAAAAUAUUCUUGACUUAUUGCUUCUCCUGCAAGAUGAAAAGGUUUGGAAUUGGAAUCAUGAUUUGGAAUAGUAUGGCAUAGGCACUUUUCCGGGUGUUACAAUAACAUAAAUUAAUAAAAUAAAAAUGUUUUUUGGCAAUGGCAUUUUUUUGUGUUGAUGUCUCUUUAAGGUCAUAUCAGUUUGAAAAAGCAUAAAAAACGACUUCACAAUCAAAUGGGAAUACAAUUACAGCAAAAUCUUCGCUUUAAACUGCAUUUUAAAAAUAGUAUAAUAUAAUUGCUUUUAAUAUAAUUGCUAUAUAGUAAAAUAGUCUAAUUGUUUUUAAUAUAAGUCAGUCAGGUGUAGUGAAAACAUUUUUGCCCUUGAUUUGGUGACAUUUUCUCUUUGUUCUUUUUGACUUUUCUAAUUUGCUCUUUCAAACUCAACUCAAGGAAUUUUAUUGGCUAUAAAACUGUCUAGAAUUUUAGGAAAUUCUUUUAUUUUUCAAUCCUGCCAUUUGCCUGCUAUUGGAUUCAAUUCAAGUGAAUUUCUUUAGAGACUGCAUUGGUAAGAAAGCUAUUGCUGCUCCUUGAUAAUCCUCUUAAGAUCUAUGAUGAAAUUUUCACACCUUUCUAAUAUGUGUCAAACUACAUUGUCUGCAACUCAAAAAAAUUUUUUAAAGAUCCUGCAACUACAAAGUGAAAGUGAUAAUAUUUGCAAGGCAUAUAUUUUAAUAAUUUCACCUCCUUGAAUUUUGUAAAUAAAGAUUUCAGAAGCAUUUAAAAUAGUUCCAAAGACACAUGAAUUACAUGAAAACCAUCAUUGUGAAGAAAACAAGCUAAAAAUCCCAAUGAGAGGAAUGUUGGUUAUUUUGCAAUUUAUUACUGCUCGGUUAGACCACUGCUCUUUAUGGCAACUGAUACUGAUAACUCUUGUUUAAUUGGAAACUUAUUGGGAGAUGCCUGUCAUUCGUUAACCUACAAUAGAACAACUGGUCUUAAAACCAUUGAUAUUUCUGCCGAAAAAUGUCAGAGACUGAUAUUUUGAAGGUCUGAAUUGUGCAUAUUGAAUGUUAACACAAAAAUAUGCUACCGUCAUGAAUAUAUGUUGACUACAAGAUUCCAAAUGAAUUUUACUCCUUGCUCUGACCCAUUCAUAAAACAAAGAAAAGCUGUGAAAAGUUGUGUAGAAAUAUUUCAAAUUCAUAUUCAAUUUAAUAGUUUUCAUAAAAGAUACUGCUGAAAAAAAACUUUCUUAAUUAAAAUACUGUUAAAAUGUCAAAAAAAUAUUUUUUAAGAGUCACAAAUGUGGUGUAGUUUUUAUGAAGAUUUUCGUUUGAUUGACUGGAUCAGGCUAAUAAUUGUUUCUAAAUUAUAAAUUGAAACUAGUUUUCAAAACUAAAGCUUGUAUAUUUAUUUCAGAAUGCAUUUUUUAUCCUUAGGUGAAAUGAGAGAGAUUAAGUUUGCACUGGCACAGUACAUGGGCAGAAUCAGUUUUGUGAUUGUUCCUGAAGACAAACUAUGUCCCUCUUGUUUAAAGGAAAUUAAUGACCUGAAACUGAAAGCAGAAGAAAAGCGGCAUUCAUCAAUGGCAGAUGACAAUGAGUCAAUUGAAAAGUUAGAAAAGACACAUCUUUUGAAAACGAGAGGAAGAUUUUGCAUGAAAAGCUGACUACUCUUGAUGUUUCACGGAUGAAAGUGCAUUCUCUGCCAAAAUCAUCAAAACUAAAGCAAGGAAAGAAACACAGUUGUGACAGAGAAAGGAAGCUGCUUCAAAAAGGUUGCAGCAAUACUAAAUGUGGAACCAGAUGAUUUAGAGGAGUCAGAUAAAGAGAGAGAGAGCAGAUGGGGGAAUUUAUCCAGAAAGCCAAUGCCUUUGACUAUCUAGUCAGUCUGAAGAGAGAGAAAUUGGAGGUUUUAAGUCGAAGGGAGAAAAUCGAAAUUCCAACACUGAUUCCUAAUUCUUGGUCGUAGGCUUCAAAUGUAUUUCAAGUACCUGUUUGCAUGGUCAGAAAGGAAAGACAAAAAAGAGAAGAGGAAUAAAUGCUGUUUAAUCUUUAUAUUGCAGUGAUGGAAACAGCAGGCAGCUUCCAGGAAAGAAAAUUUUGUGAGCCUUGGACAAAAAAGACGUGCAAAAGCGACUUCUUUUAUGCAACACAAAAGAGCUAUAUUCUCUGUUCAAGGCUAAUAAUCAAGGCUUCCUGCAUUGGGUUUUCAAAGUUUCCAAGCUUGAGGCCCAAAUGGUGCAUCCCAGUUGGUCCGUAGGGGACAUAUUCUGUGUCUGUACUUUUCAUCAAAAUCUGAAGCUUCUUCUUGAUGCUGCAAAUUUAGGACACCAGUAUCAUGACCUGAUUUAUAUGGGUUAUAUAUGGAACCAGAAGCAUUGCACAUUACAUCCAGUAGUCAUUUACCACAAAGGCAUUGAUGGGGUCAUUGGAUCAACAUCACUAUGAUUUCUAUCGGAUGACCUGGAACAUGAUGUGCAUCUUGUCUAUACUGGAACAUGAUGCCACAAAGGCACUGCACAUCAUAUCAGGGAAAUGAUAUCCACGGACAUAAAGGUUGUCCAUUACUUUUCUGAUGGUUGUGCAGGCCAGUAAAUUAAAUGCAAGAAUUUUUUAAGCUUGUGCCACCAUAAGGAAGACUUUGCAAUGAAUUGUGAGUGGAAUUUCUUCACCAUCAGCCGUGAGAAAUCCCCAUGUGAUGGGAUUGGAGGUACGGUUAAGCUAUUCAAGUCAUCCUGCAACAACUAAUCACCAAGCAAAUAAUUUUUGUUGAGGCACUAUUUGAAUUUUGUAGAACAGAAGUCAAAGGUAUCAACUUCUAUUGCAUUACAAAGGAGGACAACAACUUGACAAAAAAAUCUCGAGAAACGCCUAACAGCUGCAAAAACGAUCCCAGGAACUAGGGGGCUCUAUCAAUUUGUACCGCAAUGCAAAACAUUGAUUGGAGGCAAAACAUCGAUUGGAGGCAAAACAUCGAUUGGAGGCAAAACAAUAUCAGAUAUACCUGAGUUUGAUGUUAAGUCUGAUUCAGAUCUAGCUGUUGCUGAACCUGUUGAUGAUAUUGAAAUCAGGGAUUAUUUUGUGUGCAGGUAUGAUACAGAUUGCUGGGUUGGAGUGACUAUUGAAGUCAGUAGUGAAAACAAAGAUGUUGCUUUAAAAUUUUUGCAUCCACAUUUGCCAUUGUAUCAUUUAUGUGGCCAAGGUGUGAUGACAUAUGUUGGGUGCUAACAUCAAACAUUUUGAAUAAGUAACAACCACCAAAACCAUCAACGAUGACUGGACUAUGCUUAAAAAUUUUAAACACAAUACACGUUUUAAACAAAAUUAUGCUUCAAAAAGAUUAUAGUAGACAUUAUUGAAAGGAUUAUAGUCGUUUUUUUCAUAAUUACGAUUUUUUAGGAUUUUUUUAAGAAGAAAUAUUAAAAGGCAUUUCAAGGCUUUUACUUUUACUUCUGAUGAGUUACAUUUUUUCUUUCAAACAGGGCCCUUAUUGAUAAUAUUCUUAUUGAUAAUACUCUUAGUAUUGACAAGGUUUUACCCUGUAUAAAUAUUCCUCUUAUUAUUAAAAGCAUCUUUGAGAUUUUAAUAGCACUUGUCGACAGCACGACAGUUUAGACAACACGUUAUGGACGCAGCGAAUUCAAUUAGAUGCGCUCAAAAAGCACCCGUAGAGCGCUUCAAUUUGGUGUUUGGUUUUAGACAGCGAAACGAAUUGAAUUGAAUUUAGACAGCAAA